AUGGCUGCACAAUUUGAAACUUCUCGAACAAAUCGAGGGGAGACUUCUCUUGAUGCGGCAAUGCGAGCGCCUUCUACCACUGCCCCAGAUGUCGUCGUUCUUAGCUUUUUAGACGAAGAUGUAAAGAUUAAAGAAGUGGCAGAUCCAAAAAAGGAUCUUUGGGUAUCUAGUAUCGACGGUCGCUAUUCAUCACCGAUAAUUCCGAUCCGUGUUGGACCUCACGCCGAAACUUUUUACGUUCACCGCGAUAUUUUAAUCAGAUCAGAAUACUUCAGAAAAGCUUUGAGUGGGGAGUUUAAAGAAGCCUCAGCCCAAGCUAUCGAUCUACCUGAGGAAGACCCCAGCCUGUUCGAGUUUCUCAUUGCCUUCCUUUACGAGUCAAAGUACUGCCCUCUACGUCCUGUCGCAGAAAUCAUUGUCGCCGAGCCUGAAAAGGGUAAAGGAAGGGAACAGAACGACGAUGGAAAUGCUUCUGGUAGUGACGACGGAACAGAGAGUGGGACCGCGAGCGAUGAAAGGAGUCGGAGAAGACGGGAGAGUCGUCGGAGACGUCAAGAACGAGCCUGGGAACAAAGACAACGAAAGGAACCUGGACGCCAUCGACCAGAUUGUAAUUGUGCGCAAUGUACCCUAGAAUCUUAUGGCCCAGCUUGCUGGAAUUGUGGCGUGACGAGAAGAAUACCUCCACCCAGAAAUCGUUGGAUGAAUGGCAUACCACCUCCACCUCAACCAGUGCCGGUCAUGGGACGCAAUGGUUAUCCACACCCUCCUGGCCAUAGAGAUCGUAUAAGAGGCGCUCGGAAUAAUGCCUUGGAUGAAGCACCUGUGGAUGAGAGAAUGUCUCAAGAAGACUUGAGGACCUGGUCAAUAGCCUACUCCAUAAGUGUUAAUGUUUACGUUUGCGCUGAGAGGUAUCUGAUGCAGGACUUCAAAAGCUGUGUAGCGGCUUUCAUCGUAAACAAUUUUGAAGUUGCCGGUUCAGAUGCUGCAUUACCAUCAGUCCUGCAUUCAUGUAGAACAUUAUAUGAUGGCGUAAGCUCAAUGGAUCCUCUCCUUAAGAAAGUCUUUGCUCGGGUUGGUUUCUUGCAGGCUAGACUGUGGAAGAAAUAUCCCGAGGAAACCGCAAAUUUCUUUAUGGACAAUCCGGAAUUAUCUACUUUGAUUCUCAAGGAAAUGGCCGAGAGGAGAGAGGAGGAUGUCAAAGAUGACUUGCCUGCCAUGGAACGUCCUCCGUUGCCACCUUUACCAAGAGAAGAGAUAAUGCAAGGUCAAAGACGUCGAAAUUAUGGUCCAAUUCCUCAUUACUAA